UAAAAUAUCAAAUAUUUUAUUUCCCGAACGCAACCCAAGGAGUGAUCAUAAUCUCAAAUUUUCCAAACAACAUAUUCUAUUCUAUUGCCAUUCUCCCCUCGAAAGUCGAAACCAUGGCCUCUUGUCUUCGUCUUCAACCGCUGUGUCAGCUGCUACUGCUUCUAUGGCCGGUGCUCCUCUCUGCUUCAAUUGUUACUCAUCUUCCUGGCUUUCAUGGUCCACUUCCCUUCCACCUUGAGACUGGAUAUGUUGGUGUGGAUGAAGUGCAGUUCUUUUAUUACUUCAUACAGUCUGAGGGAAAUCCAGUUGAGGACCCUCUUCUUCUUUGGUUCACUGGUGGCCCUGGUUGCUCUGCCUUCAGUGCCCUCGUCCUUGAACUUGGUCCUCUGAAGUUCAAGCGUAUGAAGUAUAAUGAUAGCUUGCCAAAACUUGUGUAUCAUCCUUUCUCUUGGACGAAGGUCUCAAAUAUGAUCUUCUUAGAUUCUCCUGUUGGGACUGGAUUCUCAUUCUCAAAUACUCCAGAGGGAUAUGUUGAUGGUGAUGUCACUUCAUCCUUGAGAGUUUCCAAGUUUCUCAGAAAGUGGUUAAUUGAUCACCCACAAUUCCUAUCCAAUUCUUUAUAUCUUGGUGGUGAUUCCUAUGCUGGCAAGGUUGUUCCAUUCAUCACUUACUUGAUAUCAGAAGGUAUUAAAUCUGGGGCUCAGCCUCUUCUGAAUCUAAAGGGAUAUUUGAUUGGCAACCCAUUUACUGGGGAAGUUAUCGAUAAGAAUUCCCGGAUUCCAUAUGCUCAUAAUAUGGGGAUCAUUUCUGAUGAGAUUUACCAGUCCACAACUAUUUCUUGUGAAGGAGAGGAUUAUGAAAAUCCUACCAAUGCCCUGUGUGCUAAGAAGCUUCAAGUUGUGGAAAAGUACUUUGAUGAAAUUGAUAAGUUUCACAUUCUGGACCCGAAGUGUCCACGAGCAUCACCUAAACCAAGGGAUUUGAGUGGAGAAAGGCGAUUUCUCAAGGAUAAACACCAAAAGUUUAUCGUGCCACCAGAUGUUCCUCCUCUCAAAUGCAGAACUUAUGGUUGCUAUUUAUGUUACAUUUGGGUAAACAAUGAUGCUGUGAGAGAUGCUCUGCAUAUCCAGAAGGGAACUGUGCCGGAAUGGAUCAGAUGCAAUGAUUAUUUGCAGUAUGCUAAUGAUAUUCCGAGUAGUGUAAAAUACCAGUACAAACUCACAAGCCAAGGUUUUCGAGCUCUUGUUUACAGUGGGGAUCAUGAUCUGGCUGUACCACAUAUUGGAACUCAGACAUGGAUAAGAUCUCUAAACUACUCAAUCAUUGAUGACUGGAGAUCUUGGUUCUCUGGUGGGCAAGUAGCAGGAUACACAAGAGCAUAUGCCAACAAUCUUACAUUUGCUACUAUAAAGGGUGCUGGUCACACAGCUCCAGAGUACAAGCCAAGGGAGAGCCUGGCUAUGGUUAAGAGAUGGCUUUCACACCAACCACUAUAGUUUUUUUUUUAAUAAUAAAUGACAAGUAUUUCCUAUUUAAAGGUUUGUCAAGCAAACCACACUGUAAGUUUUAUCGCAUACCUUUUGAUCAAAUAAGAGACAGACCUGGAUCUUUUUUUUCUUUUUUUUUACUUUUUUUUUACCAUGAUCACUGGACAAUUUGUAUCCAUAAAUAAAGUCCAUUCAAUGUUGAA